CCAGAGGUGGACCUGAGACUCCAUUUCUCAAAAUGCGCUCAUAUGGUAGGUGCCUGAGCGGGGAUUUGAACCCGGGUCUGCUGGAUUCCAGGGCUGAUAGUCUACAUCACACCUCCUGAUUCAUGUAGCUACCUGAGUCAUCCAACCAUUCACUCAUGGAGAUCUUUAUUGAGCACCUACUAUGUCCCGGUUAUAACACAGUAAGAACAGGAGAGGUUUCUACCCUCAUAGAGCUUAGAUUCUGGAAGGAGGAUGCAGACAGUAAACCAAUAGAGAAAAAGGACAGGAAGGGUGGUAAGUACCCUGAAGGGGCCAUGAUAAGGGCCAGGAUGUGGUCAGGGAAGGAGAGGACAUUUGGUGUGACAUCUGAGAGAAGCAGCAGCCCACCAUGCAAAAGUCCACGCAAAUAAUUAAAGUGGGAAGCGGGUAGCUACUAAGUCACAAGCCUGCUGAAGACAGGUGGUGAGGAUGUGGAAGGAAAGCAACUACCAGAGUGCCCCCAAAAUGGCCUGCAAAUGGUCCUGGGGAGCAGCGCAGCCCUCUGGGGAGCUGCACCCUGGUGGCACUGGUCUCUCCCCACUGCCUUGCAGGUGAAGCAGAUCAUGGAAGAGGCGGUCACGCGCAAGUUUGUCCACGAAGACAGCAGCCACAUCAUCUCCUUCUGUGCUGCAGUGGAGGCCUGCGUCCUGCAUGGGCUGCGGCGGCGGGCAGCUGGCUUCCUGCGCAGCAACAAGAUCGCAGCUCUCUUCAUGAAGGUGGGCAAGAGCUUUCCGCCAGCCGAGGAGCUGAGCCGCAAAGUCCAGGACUUGGAGCAGCUGAUUGAGAGCAUGCGAAACCAGAUCCAGGGACUCCCGGAAAAUUCUCGGAAGCUGCCCAAGCUGCCCAACCUGUCCCCGCUCGCCAUCAAGCACCUGUGGAUCCGCACCGCCUUGUUCGAGAAGGUCCUGGACAAAAUUGUGCAUUACCUUGUGGAAAACAGCAGUAAAUACUAUGAGAAGGAAGCUCUUCUGGUGGACCCUGUGGAUGGCCCCAUCCUUGCCUCCUUGCUGGUGGGGCCCUGUGCCCUGGAGUACACCAAGAUGAAGACUGCGGACCACUUCUGGACCGACCCCUCGGCUGACGAGCUGGUCCAGAGGCACCGCAUCCACAGCUCACACCUGCGGCAGGACUCGCCCAGCAAGCGGCCAGCCCUCUGUAUCCAGAAGAGGCAUUCAAGUGGAAGCAUGGACGACCGGCCAUCCUUCUCUGCCCGUGACUACGUGGAGUCCCUGCACCAGAACUCCAGAGCCACCCUGCUCUACGGCAAGAACAAUGUUCUGGUUCAGCCGAGGGAUGACAUGGAGGCUGUACCCGGGUACCUGUCCCUGCACCAGACAGCUGACAUCAUGACCUUGAAGUGGACACCCAACCAACUGAUGAACGGGUCCAUGGGGGACCUGGACUAUGAGAAGAGCGUCUACUGGGACUAUGCCAUGACCAUCCGCUUGGAUGAGAUUGUCUACCUGCACUGUCACCAGCAAGUGGACAGUGGCGGGACAGUGGUGUUGGUGAGCCAGGAUGGGAUCCAGAGGCCGCCCUUCCGCUUCCCCAAGGGCGGGCACCUCCUGCAGUUCCUCUCCUGCCUGGAGAAUGGGCUGCUCCCCCACGGGCAGCUGGACCCGCCUCUCUGGUCCCAACGGGGAAAGGGCAAAGUGUUUCCCAAGCUGCGCAAGCGGAGCCCUCAGGGUUCCUCCGAGUCCACGUCUUCAGACAAGGAAGAUGAGGAGGCCACAGAUUAUGUGUUCCGGAUCAUCUACCCUGGCACACAGUCUGAAUUCGUUGCCCCCGACAUCUUGGCCAGCGCCUGCCCCAUCUCUGUGGGACCCACCUGGAUGGUGAUUCCUGCUGGUCAGUCCGUGCUGGUAGUGGCCAGGCAGAGUCAGUGGGCACGAGCCAGAUGGAAUACCGCCCUCCCUACACCAGGCCUGAAGGAGCAGCCUCCCUUCCCCCAAGAUCUCAUGGAUGUCUCUGUGAACAACCUCCCAUCUCUAUGGCAACCCAGCCCCCGGAAAUCCUCCUGCUCGUCCUGUUCACAGAGUGGCUCAACUGGUGGCAGCUCAACCAAUGGCUGCAACCAUGAGAGGGCUCCUCUGAAGCUGCUCUGUGACAAUAUGAAGUACCAGAUCCUCUCCAGAGCCUUUUAUGGAUGGCUCGCCUACUGCAGACACCUGUCCACCGUGAGGACCCACCUGUCAGCCCUGGUCAAUCACAUGAUCGUGUCUCCAGACUUGCCCUGCGACGCUGGGCAGGGCCUGACUGCUGGGAUCUGGGAACAGUACCUUCAGAACAGCACGAGUUACGAGGAGCAGGAGCUGCUGCGUCUCAUCUACUACGGAGGCAUCCAGCCCGAGAUCCGCAAGGCCGUGUGGCCCUUCCUCCUGGGCCACUAUCAGUUCGGGAUGACGGAAACAGACCGGAAGGAGGUGGACGAGCAGAUCCACGCCUGCUAUGCGCAGACCAUGUCGGAGUGGCUGGGAUGCGAGGCAAUCGUGCGACAGAGGGAGCGGGAGUCCCACGCCGCCGCCCUGGCCAAGUGCUCGUCGGGGGCCAGCCUGGACGGCCACCUGCACCGGAUGAUGCACAGGGACUCCACCAUCAGCAAUGAGUCCUCCCAGAGCUGCAGCUCCGGCCGCCAGAACCUCCGCCUGCAGAGCGACUCCAGCAGCAGCACACAGGUGUUUGAGUCCGUAGAUGAGGCAGAGCAGGUGGAAGGCGAAGGCAGACUGGAGGAGAAACAGUCCAAGAUCCCCAAUGGGAACCUGGCCAACGGCACCUGUUCCCCAGACUCUGGUCAUCCAUCUUCCCACAACUUCUCCUCCGGCCUCUCGGAGCACUCAGAGCCCAGCCUGAGCACCGAAGACAGCGUCUUGGACGCCCAGCGGAGCAUCCCCCCAGCGCUUCGGCCUGGGGACAGCAGCGUGGAGGACGGGCAGAGCAGCGAGGCCACCACUUCCCGGGACGAGGCCCCUCGCGAGGAGCUGGCUGUGCAGGACAGCCUGGAGAGCGACCUCCUCGCCAACGAGAGCCUGGACGAGUUCAUGUCCAUCUCCGGCAGCAUGGACGUGGCCCUGCCUGAAAAGGAGGGUGCGGCGGUAGAGGGCUGGCGGGGUGGCGGGGCGGAGAAGCGCAGCCAGGGGGACAGCGAGGACAACCUCUCGGAGGAGCCCGAGAUGGAGAGUCUCUUCCCCGCCCUGGCUUCUCUGGUCGUGACCACGUCUGCCAACAGCGAGGCGUCCCCCGUGUCUUCCAGCGGGGUCACCUACUCCCCGGAGCUGCUGGACCUGUACACGGUGAAUCUGCACCGCAUCGAGAAGGACGUGCAGAGGUGUGACCGCAACUACUGGUACUUCACGCCCGCCAACCUGGAGAAGCUGCGCAACAUCAUGUGCAGCUAUAUCUGGCAGCACAUUGAGAUCGGCUACGUCCAGGGCAUGUGUGACCUCCUGGCUCCACUGCUGGUCAUCCUGGAUGACGAGGCUCUGGCCUUCAGCUGCUUCACGGAGCUCAUGAAGAGGAUGAACCAGAACUUUCCCCACGGAGGCGCCAUGGACACGCACUUCGCCAACAUGAGGUCGCUGAUCCAGAUCCUGGACUCAGAGCUCUUCGAGCUGAUGCAUCAGAACGGGGACUACACCCACUUCUACUUCUGUUACCGCUGGUUCCUGCUGGAUUUCAAACGAGAACUGGUCUACGAUGACGUCUUCGCGGUCUGGGAGACCAUCUGGGCGGCCAAGCACGUCUCGUCCGCCCACUACGUCCUGUUCAUCGCGCUGGCUCUGGUGGAAGUCUACCGCGACAUCAUCCUGGAGAACAACAUGGACUUCACGGACAUCAUCAAAUUCUUCAAUGAAAUGGCCGAGCGACACGAUACCAAGCAAGUGCUGAAGCUGGCCCGGGACCUCGUGCACAAGGUGCAGACACUGAUCGAGAACAAGUGAGGGAGGCGCCAGCCCAGCCCCCGUGGCCUGUCCUCCUGCCCUCUUCCUCCCGCCAGAGCCCGGCCUGGGCGCGGGGUCCUGGGGUCUGCUCACGAACGUGGACGUCAGUGCAGAGAGAAACGCCCCUGACCUUGGCCUCCAGGCAGGUGGGGUCAAGGGGUUGUGACAUACUCAGUCCAGCCUUACGUCUCCUGUUUGACCAAAGAUCGCCCAAGCCUGAGUCCUCGGCCGCAGGAGCCGGGCUGCCGGUGGACGGAGGGGCGUCUUCCUCUUUGCUCUCCUCUUUCCCUGACCCUUCCUCGUCGCUCAGAUGAGCCCUGGAGUCUCCAGGGCUCCCACUGUCCCCUGGAAGGGGCCUUUGGAGACAUUUAAGAACGUGCUGGAAGGCUGGCUUAACCCGGGGUCCCCUUUAGCAGUGCUGGCCUUUGAGGUUGGCGGAUUCUUCGUGGCAGGGCCACCCUGCGCGUGCAGACGCUGAGCAGCCUCCUCGGCUUCCGCCCAGGGGCCAGUGGCUCCGUCCCCACCUCAUCUGGGACAUCACUGGAUGUCCCCUGCCCAAUGAAAUUGUCCCCAUUUGAGAACCACUGGCUCAGAGGGGAUGCAGAUGUCUCCCUUGCCUCUUUGUGGAUACCAAGCCCCCUUCUGUCCUGAGGCCUCCCCCAGGUAGAAAAGGCACACGGGAGUCCCUCCCACGUCCCCCUUGGAGCCUGGGGCUCCGAUUGCUGCACUGGCUGGUUUUUCCUCCUCUACCUGAAGCCAGGAGGUACUUCUUUUCUUCUUUUCAAGAAAAGCAUCUUCCUGGAAGUACGACGGGAUCCGAGAAGCAUCUGAGGGCAUGAGGUAGUCCCAAGGCAGGGUGGAGGCCGUCCUCCCAUCCCCUCCUCCCAGGGGAGACCCACCCCUCCAUCCACCCACUGCUCUGCUGCACAGAGGCUGGUGGAGACCCCUGGACCAGGGAGGCCGACUUUUCUCUAGCGCCUUUGUUCGCUCAGAACAAAGGAGGGAACGAGACAGGGAUUGGCCAGCGCAGGGUUGGCUUGUGCUGCCCUUGGGAAGCAUCUGCUGAUGAGCUGGGCCAUGGCUGGGUCUAGGAAGAGUCCCCUGCACAGCAGCACAGCAAGGGACACCCGUCCACAGACAGAAUGAGCUAGAGCGCCUGCCCACCCACCCCUCCUGUAGAGCAGCCCGGCCGGCUCACCUGUCAAAGAACAAACCUGGACGGGGCAGAGAGCAAGAGGCCAGAGGAAGCUCUUCCUGCCAGACCUCCUGCCUCUCUGCUGGCCACAGACGGCAGCUGGGAGUUGGGAAGGGGAAAUGGGAAAGCAAGUCAAAGCAUCUGCAGAGGCUGCGGCCCAGGUCAGGGCGGGAUCUGGAAUCUUCCGGCUUCCUUCCUCCUGCUGCCUCUGAGCCCCACCCUGCACCCGAGGGGAUGGGAUGGACCCAGAGGCCUGGCUGCUUCCUGAGGAGAGCCCCGCACAGUCACCUUCACCCUGGCCAGCUCUUGCCCUGCCCCACCACAGCAGGAAGGGGAGGGGACAGGCUGGUCCCCAGCUUCCCAAGACAGGGAAAACUUGGGAAAGGCCUAUGGGAUAAAAGUUUAUUUUGCCAUUCAGCUGUUCACUAGAGAGGAUGCUAUUUUAGCACAACCCAGGCCCCAGACCUCCUGAUUCUUAUUUAUUUUUUUAACAGACAAGUCUCAAAGUACAGCACAAGAUCUCUGCCUUCCCUUGUGGUAUGCCCGAGUGUUUGUGGUUGUGAGCUGGAGCGACUUGUAUUUAUUCCGUUUACCGUGCUCUGAUUCAGACCUCCGUUGGCUGUGUGUGUCUUUGUGUCCUGGAACUGACCGUGUGAGAGAUCCUCUGUCUGUAGGGUGCCCUCCUGUUUUUUUUCAGUAUUGUCCACAUAUCUUGUAAAUGUUUACUGGAAAAUUGUGUCUAUAUAUGGAGAGAAAAUAUAUAUGAGCAGAGAA